AUGGCGAAGCAGAAGGGCAUGAAGAAGCGGCCUGCGCGGGGUGGCCCAGGAGGGGCCCCCCGGCCUGAGAAGCGCACCAAGCGGCGAGAUGCGGAGGAGGAGGAGAAGGAGGAUGAGGAGGCGGAUUUCCUGGGCGAGGAGGGUGCGCAGGAGCACGGAGGGGCCCCCAGCGAGGAGGGCAGUGAGCAGGAGCCGGAGGAGACGGCGGAUGAGAAGCGGCUGCGUCUAGCCAAGGCGUAUUUGGCGAGGGUGCGUGCGGCUGCUGAUGCUGACGUCAGUGGCGAGGAGGACGAGGAUGCGGACCGGGCGGUGCACCGCGAUUCCCUGGUGGCCGCCCGCCUGCAGAGCGAGGUGGCGGAAGCGUCGGGCCGCGCGCAGCGCCCACUGGCGGCGCGGGUGGUCCACCAGGGCCAAGCGCCACCCGGAGUACCGGUGGGGCGCCGCCACCGACACGCCGUUACAGCCCUCGCCCUCACACACGACGACACCCAGGCAUUUGCCGCCUCCAAAGAUGGCGUGGUCGUGCAAUGGAACGUAGAAAAGGGCGGGUCGAGCGCGCUGCCGCUGCCAGAGGGUGCCAGGAUGAAGGCCCUACUAGCGCUGGCGGUGAGCAGCGACGGGCGCUACCUGGCGGCGGGCGGUGUGGACCGCUCCAUCCACGUAUGGGACGUGCGCGCGCACCAGUACCUGCGCGCCUUCUCCGGCCACCGCGGCACCGUCUCGAGCCUGGCGUUCCGGGUGGGCACGGCGCAGCUCUUCUCCGGCUCCUUCGACCGCUCCAUCAAGCUGUGGAGCCUCGACGACAUGGCCUACAUGGACUCCCUGUUUGGGCAUCAGAGCGAGGUGGUGGCGGUGGACUGUCUGCGUGCGGAGCGCGUGCUGAGCGCGGGGCGCGACCGCACGUGCCGGCUGUGGAAGGUGCCCGAGGAGACGCAGCUCGUGUUCCGGGGCCACGCGGCGGCCAUCGACUGCGCCGCGCUCAUCACGCCCACCGACUUCAUCUCCGGCUCCGAGGACGGGUCGGUGGCCCUGUGGAGCCACGUGCGCAAGAAGCCGGUGCACCUGGUACGCGGGGCGCACGGCGCGUAUCGCUCCACCCUGGACCAGCAGGCCGCGGCAGCCAGCACGCGAAACGGGGACGCCGCCGAAGAGACCGGGCCGGAUGGAGAGGCACGCGACGCAGGGGGCCACGAGGCGGCCCCGGGGGAGGCCUCGAGCAGCAGCAGUGCGGGCGCGGCGGUGGGCGGGGCCGCGGCGGGGUGGGUGGGCGCAGUGGCGGUGUGCCGUGGGAGCGACCUGGCGGCGAGCGGGGCGGGGGACGGCGCGGUGCGGCUGUGGGGCCUGCACGACGGCAACAAGCGGCUGCGGCCGCUGCACACCCUGCCCACGGCCGGCUUCGUGAACGCGCUCGCCUUCGCCGCCUCCGGAAGGUUUCUCCUGGCAGGGACAGGGCAGGAGCCGCGUCUGGGACGCUGGGCGCGGAUUCCACAAUCUCGAAACGGGGUUGUUAUGCAUUCCAUCCAAUUAGAAGAACUGUGAUGACAAUCUCGAUCCUGCUAUCUGCCCUCGGAAAGCGGACUCGGGAAGUCCGCCAUGUCCUCGUGCGCACGAGCAUAUGCAACCUUGGAGUCCUCUGUACCGCACAGCCACUUCUGCUCUGGAGCUUGUGUACUUCGACGUCAGACUGUGAGCCUGGUCGCAUUCCUCCCGGCCGCGUGAGAAUAGCUAUUAGCUAUACUGAAGGCGCAUGAUGCGAAACUAGUUUCAGGAUUGCACCCCCGGAAUUUUCUUCCUGCGGUGCAGCUUUCACCGUGAGUCUGAAGGGAAUGUUGCUUGACUCGAUCCAAAAUUCGGC